AUGUCGCAUUCAAACACUAGUCCAUCGUCAGAACCGCGCGAACGUUAUUCAUGGAUAUCGCUUCCUGAGAGCGAUACCUUAAGCGGCAUCACGCAGCAUGAACACGCCGAACAGGGCGACGGCGUCGACCGCACUCGCAGGCCUGAAACCCGAGCUCAAGAGCAACGCGAACACACCGAUUCGUCUCCUCAUGCUGCUCAGGAAAACGAGACGCUUCUCUCCAGCCGAGCAUCUACCGCACUCAGUGGAGCAAUCGAUGACCACUCGCUGGAUGAGCCGCAAACAAGGAACUUCGAUGAUACCCAUGAGCGUGAGUGCAACGCCGAGUACCCCAAGUUACUAUGUCCGACAUCUUCUGACGAGCUUAAAGCAAAGUUUCAAGAUCAAAGCCUGCGGACAUCCACAGAAUGGGUGCCAUACACGCUGCGGCGCCCAUACCUGAUCACUCUUAGCCUAGCAUCACUCAUACUCUCGACCGUAUUAGCAGCCCUUAGCUGGCACUCUUAUAAAAACCAUGGACUCGGAGAUGAGGAUGGGUCUACUGGACUACUCAUUGGAUGGAGAUAUACGCCUACUAUCGUCGCCAUUUUCUUCACGCAGGCUGUUGUACAGGUUGCAGAGGAUGUAAAGAGGACUGAAGCAUACGCACGCAUGGCCGGCCCCGAAUCUAUCGAAGCCAAGUUCACCCUAUUCUAUCUGCCCAAGGUCUGGUGGAAAAGCAUCUUUGUAGGUUUCUCUCGAAAGCGGAGCGGCGGCCACCGGAGAUGGAAUCUGGCCUUGUCUUCGCUCGCAGCUGGUAUCAGUGUGCUCAGCAUUUCAACCUUCUCGUCGUCCGUAUUCGUUGCGAAAGAAAUCUUGUAUGAGGAGGAUGUGCAGCUUCAACGGUAUGCCGCUGGCCAGACAAUUGGCGAAGACUUGUCACCCAUUCAGCUUUCACCUCGAAGGGAUACGUAUCUCCGAACUAUAAGUGGAUAUCUCUUCAACGUAUCUACAUCUAUCUGGUCGUCGAAUUCGCAAGUCAUUGUACCUUUUGGAGCAUCAAAUGGCGACAAGCGCCAUGCAACGCUUCCGAACGGUAUAUGGCAAGCAGAUACUGAGGUGUUCCAUCUAAACUACAGUUGCACAUCGAUGGCUCUGGUCGAGAAGGACAUAAUCGAUAUUACCUACAAGUAUACAGACAUCCCGAUAACGUCAUGUCCAAACGACACAUGUACUGUCUCCUCAAAGGGUUUCAAAGUUCGAUCAGAGGAUGGUUGUGAGGUCCAAAUCCAAGGUCCAAUCGCUCAAUGGGAUGCUUUGGGAGCCGAGUUGAACUCCGAUGGCUUCAUUAGCGAUACCUUUACAGAUGAUGGCGGCUUGCUCUGGACCAACAUGUCUUCCAAUUACGUGUCGUGGGAGACACUUAUUCGAGAUUACGGUCAGCCUCCAGCAAUUCGCUCCAUUGGAGAGAAGGUCCUCGAGCAAUGGUCUCGCACGUUCAUUUAUGGUUUCUCCGAUCAAUGCAUUGGGCGUGACCUGCUACUUGUAUCGCCUCAAUGGAUUGUCCGGCCGUCACCUGUCGAUGUGCCCGUGGGUGUAUGGGAGAAAGAAUCAUGGGACAACCUCACGAUACGGGCACAAGUAUGCACUCCGGAAUAUCAUACAGCUAGCCUCCCAGUCUCUGCAUCCAUCGACGGCGCUGAAACUUCCAUGUCCUUCGAUGUAUCAGAGUUUGAGCGACGCAGGCAGCCUGUGUCGAAACAAGCCAUCGAUUUCGACUUAUUGGAUGAUCUCACUUUUCGCAGUGACAGUUGGGACAAGGAAAAGACCACUCAACCUCCAUUCAGAUCCUGCCACCGUUGCUGGAACAUCAUCCCUCCUUGGCAGUACUUCGCUUUCUUCUACCACGUUCAGUACAUUCCUUGGAUAUGA